AUGAGUCAAGCGGAUACAGCCCCGACAACAGAAUCAAAGAGAAUUUCCAUGUUAUUCCAAAAGGCUUUAGCCUCUAACUCAGUUCGUGAAAAAAAUUCAUUCCUGAAUGAACUUAAAAAAUUAAUGAAAAAGCAUGCAGCUGAUUAUUCUGCUGCAAUUGCCGAAGGUGAGAGACUCGAUGCUGCAAUUAUCGAUGUUAAAGCAAAUUUCAACAAAGUUAACGAACAAUACCAAGAACUCAAAAAUUCCGUUUCAUUUUUAACAGAACUCGAAUUUUAUCAAGCAGGACCUGAUGUUGCCUCAUUGAAAAACAUGAUCGAAUCCUUAGAAAGAGAUAUUUCUGCAAUUGGUCCACUUCCAGAUCGAGAUUCUCUUCAAUCUCUAAUAUCUUCAUCAACAUCGCAGCAACAGCUUUACUUAGACUUACUUGAUUUUCGUGAAAAUCGUCUCCGUCAGCUUGUUGAUGCACUUAAACAAAGAAUUCGAACAGCUGAACAACGCCUUGAAUGCGCUUCAGUUGUUAUCGACCAAUUCGGUUCUAUUUCGAAUCUUUUAGAUAAAGUACGCAUGCUUCAAGAAGAAAACGAGAAGCUAAAAGUCAGAAGAAUCAGAUUUUCAUCAGAAUCCCUUCUUAGACCACGUCGUCUUACAAAAUGCGAACCUGCAACACUCAGAGCAUUCCUUGUUGCACUACAAAACGAGCUUGCCGUUGUCCGCGGCGCUGUAGCUGAAGCUCAGAAGAAAUCCGAAGAUUCAAUCUCAAGAUUACCUGAUGAAACAGAGCUCCUUAACCAGCUCAUUGUCUGUCCUACCCUCAAAUUCAGUGAACCAUUACCUCCUCUCACACAAAAACCGUUGAAUACUGAUGAGCCAGCAACAAUGACCGCUUUAACAGAUCCAGAAGCGGCAGGAGCAGCAGCAGAUUCCAUAGAGAUGCAGCUCAUUCAAGCAGACAACCAGUACGCCGCUCUCAAAGAGAAAACUCAGCGUUUGAGAUCAGAAUUGACUCUCCGAAAGAAUGCAGAAAGAUUGGCCACGGAAACAGGCAAGCAAAGAAUAGAGAAACUCCAUUCUCUCAACGAGCGUUUGCUUACUGAAAUCCACGCUUUACAGGAACAAAGCGAAAGCGCCGAAUCCUCCAAACAGAUUCUCACAGAAAUGCUCGAACAAGUCACUGCAGAACGCGAUGAGAUGAAAGAGAAAUCUCAGAAACUCGCACAGCAUUACCAAGAGCUUUACGACGAGCAUCUCAGAAUGAGGGAAGAAUUCAGAAGGACAUGGAAAGCAGGCGCAGGAUUAUUCCGCUUGACAGAACUCUUUGGACGUGCAUAUUUGAACCAGAUUACAGAACAGAACGAAUACACGAACCAAGUUUGCGCAUUCACACCGAAAGAGACACCUUCAAAUGUCCCUGAUUUCACUGAGAAUCCACCACAAGUUCUCAUGAAAUUCAUCGACGACAUCCAUUACGAGUUACUCAGAAGAAAAGCAGCUGAACUUGUUCAGAAAGGACAAGGCGCGAAAGUCAAUGAUCUCAAGGAGAUUAUCUCUAAUUUGCCAAUAGAUAAUGGAUUCCAGAAGGUCGCUGAUUGCGUCCAGAACGCUCCCAAGGAAGUUUUGGAUCAUCUUUCUGAUAAGAAGAAAGUUGCAGCAAUCUUCGAAGAGAUGGUUAGCGGAAUCAAGACAGAAACGGCAAAUAGAAUCAAUGACUACGAGAACUACAUGAAGGACUCAUUAGCAAGAAUAAAGAGAGCUGCAGAACCAAUAUUGACACAGACAAAGAGAGCUAUGCCAACACAAACAUUCCAGGCAAGAAAGAAUCACAUCGAAACACAGUUCAACAAAGCGGAUCUGCCAAAAGGAAAAGGUGGAAGAAAAUGA